AGUUGUUUAAUUUCAGAUGGAAACGUUAAUGUAUACCUGGAGUGCCGCGGAUCGCUUUUGCGAUCUUGAAGUCAUUCCUUUCAGCCGUAAUGGUGCGCGUGGCACGUCGUCCAACGCUUCUUGACAUUGAACAAGAGGAUGCAAGCUAAGAAAAGAUAUUUUCUAGUGUUCUGUUGCGUGGCCUUCCUUGCAUUUUGCCAUUUCGGCGGACGGAAGGUUCGGAAUUGCAAGAAUCCUGAAGCCUUGCCAUGGACCCCACCUUCCCUGUCACUUCCUUCGUAUGUGUCCAAUGACGAGACGUGGUCGUCAUUUGCGAAACCGUGGGGUGGAUCUGGUUUCCCCGAAUCUUCCUCCUACUUCAAUUACUCGCGCUGCGGAUCGGAACCGAAGGAUUUCAAAAUUCACGUUUAUGGUGACAUUCAGGAAGCUGAAACAAGUGAUAUUUUUAAAAUAAUCUUAAAGCUGUUGAGAGCCUCACCGUAUUCCACCGAUGAUCCCAACGAAGCUUGUAUUCUGAUCUCUGCCGUCGACACGUUGGAUCGGGACAUAUUGAGUACCGACUAUGUGCGGAAUGCCGGACCAAAGUUGAGAAAGUCACAGCUGUGGAACAACGGAUUGAAUCAUUUGCUUUUUGUUAUGUACUCCGGGACAUGGCCGGAUUAUCGAGAAAAUGAUUUAGGCUUUGAUCCCGGAUUCGCCAUGAUAGCUCGAGCUUCUGCGUCUUCCAAAUCAUACCGUCACGGAUUCGAUGUUUCACUUCCGCUUUUUCACAAGGAUUUACCGCAACGCGGGACUUGGAAAGUGCCUCCCACCUCAGCCACGAAGACCAGGUUACUUGCUUUCAAGGGAAAAAGGUACACUCAUGGGAUCGGGAGUGAAACCAGGAAUGCCUUGUUCCAUCUACACAACGGCCGAGAUGUCGUCGUCGUCACUACCUGUAAGCACGGAAAAAGCUGGAAAGAUACGAAAGAUGAUCGUUGUGACGCUGAUCAAUUGGAUUAUGACCGCUUCGACUACGCAAUGUUGAUGUCGGAGUCACUUAUGUGCCUCGCUCCUCGGGGAAGACGCUUAGGCUCGUUCCGUUUCCUGGAAGCUUUAAAAUUCGGCUGCAUACCGGUGGUGCUGUCCAACGGAUGGGUUCUUCCGUUUGAAGAGGUCAUCGACUGGCACCAGGCUGCUCUGGUCGCUGACGAGAGACUUCUUUUUCAGUUGCCGGAAAAGAUGCGGGAAAUCAGCAAAGACACUGUUCGCAUGUUCAAAGCCCAGCAACAAGCCAGGUUUCUGUGGGAGACUUAUUUUUCGUCGAUUGAAACCGUUGUUGCGACGACGAUCGAGAUUAUCAAGGACAGAGUUUAUUUAGCCAAAGGAAAUGUCAGAGCGAAGUAUGUUUGGAAUACUCCUCCAGGAGGUUUGGUUGUUGGUCGAGUAAGUGGGAGACGCACGCCUUGGGACAAGGAAUCCAUGAUUGGAUUCAAGAAUGCCGAGGAUGUGUUGCGACAAAAUUUCACUGUUAUCCUGGAAGUAACCCACCCUGUGACGCGUUAUCUACCGAAGUUACUGUCGCAACGGGUCGGAAAAUCGUCCUUCGUGUCUUCGGCAGUGUUGAUAUUUUGCUCGUUACCCAGUUCUCACCUAGUUCGGGCUCUCAAGGCCUCUGUCAAGUUCGCCGUGUUCUUCGUUAUUCAAGAAGCUCAAGAGUGCGCCGUGUCCACCAAGUUCUUGCCGUUGCCUGAGUUGUUCAAUUUGACCAAAGAAGUUCAAGACGCUAGGCGGCGAAAGGGAGACGUGUAUGCAGCGAGUCUGGUUCGCGAUUUGGACCAAGCGACGGAUGCUGUGUUCUUUAUUGACGAUGAUUCAGGGUUGAAUUCUGAGGAAUUCGAUUUUGCGUAUCAGGUUUGGAAGGAAUUUCCUGACCGAAUCGUCGGUUACCCGGCGCGGUCCCAUUUUUGGGACGACGACAGAAACACUUGGGGCUACACUUCCAAGUGGACAAAUGAUUAUUCGAUGAUAUUAACCGGUUCUGCUAUCCUCCACAAAUACUACUUGGAUCUUUUUUGGUUGAUGGCACCGCGGGACUCGAAAGCGCUCGUGGACUCCACGUCAAAUUGUGAAGAUAUUUUGAUGAACUUCGUAGCUGCUUGGGCGUCAUGUUCUGCUCCCAUGAAGGUAACGCAGAGGAAACAAUAUAAGCUGGGUUCCACUUCGGACCCCGACAAGUUCCUUCAGCGUCAGAACUGCAUGGCAUCUUUCGCAUCCGAUGACGGGUUCGGUUACGUGCCGUUGAAGAAGUCUAGUGUUCGUUUCGAUCCUGUUUUAUACAAGGACCCCGUGUCGAACAUGCGGAAGAACUAUUUGGAUUUUCGUGGUGCGGUGAAGACGCUAUCGAAUGCCAAUUCUACGGAUGACGCUGGUGGGCUGAUGUACUUUUUAAUGGACAAGACAAGCUUCCCCUCGGAUCGGUUCAGAUGGCGUCAGUGCGGUGCUCGCACAGAUCCCGUCAAAAUCCAGUCGCUUGCAAUUUUGCCUGAUCCAGUUACGAUCCCUGGCAAGUUGAACAUUUACGUCAAAACGGAUCUAGGUGCGGAUUUGUCUUCGCCUCUGGAACUGGAUCUGCACAUGGAGUAUCAUUUGGGAGUCUUUUGGGCAAAGGUUCCUUGCAAAAACAACAUCGGAUCAUGUCUUUAUGAGGACGUGUGUUCGUUGGUGUCUGUUCCGCCUGAUGAACCUUGUCCUUCGGGCUUCAAUUCCAGCGGCGUGCCGUGUCGGUGUCCGAUUCCUGCGAAUUCGUACAAGCUGAACAAAUUGACGCUUGACUUGGAUUACGAUGCUUCCAGCGUCCCAGCUGGUGCAUACUUCGUUAAAGCAAACAUGUUCAAGAAUAGCCAGCGAUUGGGCUGCCUUGAGCUGUAUUUCGACAUUCACCACGCAAGCAGUGGGAAAGACGGAGAAGUUUGUGUGGUUUUUGUGAUGGCUACUAAGCGCACGUAUAAUUGGAGAGCGCGUCUUGGUGGCGUUAUUGGAUCGCAAAAUAUUCGGAAAUCUUCGACUAAUGUCUCGGUGGAAGUGGAUGAUCGCGAGACCUAUGACGACUGCAAUGCGCAGGUGCUUCCAUCAAAACGUGUCAAACUCAAGACCCACAUUCCCAAUCCAUCGCAGCCAAAAAAACUUCUCACCAAAAAGCAGCGCAAGAAACUCGAGAAGAUACUUGAAAGAAGAGAGAAGAAGGAAAACCGGUCCUCGUUAUUGUCCGCGUUGCAAGAGGUUCAGAUCCCUGCCAAACGUGUCGACGAACUAAUUUCUCUGGCGUCUAUUCAAACCAAAGGUUUGAAAAAGUUGUUCAACGAGCAGAGUUGUGGGACAAGAGAAGAACGCCGUAAGAUACGGAGUUUGAAAGGUCAAGGAAAGCUUGUUGCAGUGGAUGACGAAGAAAGUGAGUCCGAAGAGGAAAAUCACGUUGAUCCGAAUGUUAUCGGCUUAGGGAAUCAAUUAUCCUCGAGCGAAGACGAGAUUGAUGACGUCGAAGACUAUGAGGUCCAAGAGGCCCAUGAAAUCAUGCCACCAACCGAAAUAAAAGAGGAGGUCAACUCCGAAGCCGAGCAGCAAGUUAAAGUCACUUCCGGAACCUGGAUAAUUGAAGAAUCACACCCCACCCUCUCCAUCGAGGACCCAGAACCCGUUCAGGAAGAUCGAAAACCCGCCGUCUUCAUCCCGGUACAUCGAAGUACCGAAAUUCAAACCGCUCGUCUCAAGCUUCCAAUACUCGGGGAAGAACAGCGGAUCAUGGAACUCAUCACUGGCAACGAUGUUGUUGUGAUCGCCGGCGAGACUGGAUCCGGGAAAACGACGCAGUUGCCGCAGUUUUUGUACGAAGCUGGUUAUGCGACGAAAUUGAUGAUCGGUGUUACGGAGCCGCGGAGGGUCGCUGCGAUGAGUAUGGCGCAUCGUGUUGGGCUUGAGAUGAACCUUACGGGGGAUGAGGUUUCGUAUCAGAUUCGAUAUGAUGGUAAUGCUUCGGAGUCGACGAAAAUCUUGUUCAUGACCGACGGUGUUCUACUGAAAGAAGUUCAAUCGGAUUUCCUCUUGACUCGUUAUUCCGUUGUCAUCGUGGACGAGGCACACGAGCGAUCAGUUCAUACUGACAUCCUCCUUGGUUUACUCUCGCGGAUUGUUCCUUUGCGAAGGAAACGUGCAUCUGCUGAACUUCCUCCCUUGAAACUGAUAGUGAUGUCUGCAACUUUAAGAGUGCAAGACUUUACGGAAAAUGCAACCCUGUUCCGGCAACCACCCCCUGUUUGUUCGGUGGAGUCAAGACAGUAUCCAGUAACGGUUCAUUUCAACAAGACAACCCCGGAGGAUUAUGUGUUGGAAAGUUAUAAAAAAGUCUGCAAGAUACAUCGGAAACUUCCGGAAGGUGGAAUUCUGGUUUUUCUCACCGGACAACAAGAGGUCAACACCUUGUGCCGUAAACUGAGACGCACCUUCGGAGCGCAUCGGAGAGAGAACGGAGUGAAAACAGGAGAUGGAGAGGAAGAUGUCAAAGAAGAAGCAGCCGAAGAGCAAGAGAUGAACCAAUUACUCAAGAAAGUGAAAUCUUUGAAGAAAACCGGGCCAAUGCGAACCCGGCAGAAAGUCGGCAAAAAAGUUGACCUCGACGCUUAUUCCUGUAUUCCGCAAAUGGAAUCCAUGGACCAGGAAGGCGACGAGGACUUCGAAUCAGAUUCUGACCACGAUGAUUUCGAUGCAGACGUUGCAAUGGAAGGAACCUCGUCUUCUCCAUUGCACAUUCUUCCCUUGUAUUCCCUCCUGCCGUCGUGGAGACAGUCCCUAGUUUUUGAAGGUCCUCCUGAAGGACAUCGACUUUGCGUAGUUGCAACUAAUGUUGCGGAAACAUCUCUGACGAUACCGGGUGUCAAGUACGUGAUCGACUGUGGAAAAACGAAACGGAGAUUCUAUGAGAAAACUACUGGGGUUAGUAGUUUCUUUAUUGUCUGGACAAGUCAAGCGAGCGCCUGUCAAAGAACUGGGCGAGCUGGAAGACAAGGACCUGGUCAUUGUUAUAGGUUGUAUUCGUCAGCUAUCUUCUCUGACGAAAUGGAGCCCUUCUCUGUCCCCGAAAUCCGUUUGAGACCAGUUGACGACCUUGUGCUGCGCAUGAAAUCCAUGAACAUUCACCGAGUUCAAAAUUUUCCAUUUCCCACUCCUCCGGGUCAGGAAUUGAUUGCUGCUGCCGAAAAGCGGCUCCUUCUCCUCGGAGCCAUUAAGAAAGAAGGAGAAGUUACGGUAAUCACUAACUUGGGCAAAACCAUGGCCGCGUUUCCAGUGGCACCACGCUUCGGGAAAAUGUUGGCGCUGAGCCGACAAGCUGAUUUUCCGCUGUUGAUGUUGUACACUGUGGCGAUGAUUUCGGCUUUCGCGGUGCCUGAAAUGUUGAUGGAAAGGGCCCUGGAAGAAGGACAGGAGUGUGAAGACGAGGAAGGUACUGGUGGGAGGAAGGCUGUUGAAAGGUGGACCGAGUUGCGAAGGAGUUGGGGAGGUAUUGGAAAUUCAAGGCUCCUCGGCGACGCAUUCCUUUUGCUGAAAGCUGUAGGUGCUUCGGACAGUGUCCAACCUGCUCUUUUGGAUGCCUUCUGUUCGAAAUACGGCAUUCGACUGAAAGCCUUGACGGAAGUGCGAAAACUGAGGUCUCAACUCACGAAUGAAGCCAAUUUGCUUAUACCAAAUUUGAAUCUUCCGUCAUCUGAAAAAAUUCCGUGUCCAAGUGAUCACCAGUGUAAGUUGCUGCGACAGAUCGCACUUGCUGGAUUAGUGGACCAAGUUGCAGUCAGAGUUGAUAAUUUUGAAGAAAUGGAAACGCAAGAGGAGAAGAAGCGAUGGAAGAAGGCGUACAGGUGUCCUGAUUUGGUUGAUCCUGUGUUCAUUCAUCCUGGGUCGGGGUUGUUCAAGGAGCGUCCGAAAGUUGUCAUCUAUACUGAAAUCAUGGAAACAACUAAAAUGAUGAUGAGAGGUGUCAUCGGCGUUGAGGCUGAAUGGAUACCGAAGUUUGCUCCAGAUCUAUGCACUAUUUCCGAGCCAUUUCCAGAUCCACCGCCUGAGUAUGACGUAGAAUCUGGAGUCGUUAAAUGCUACUGUAAUGUGACAUACGGAAAAGCGGCAUUGUGUCUGGGUACGCUGCGGAUAGAGCACCCAGUCAACAUUGAGAAGUUCCGUUACUUCGCCGAAGCGAUUUUGCUGGGGAACGUUUUAGAUGCUCUGAAAAAAUUCGUCCCCAAUUUACUCUCGCCGCCGGCGACCAUAUUCAAAUCCUGGGCGAAGUUGCAAAAGCGAACAGACGUGUUUUUAGAUGCUUUGAUGAAUAACGACGUGGAUUCGAAGGUCAAGUUGGAGGCAGUCUUGCGGAAGGAUCCCAAGUUCUUGUUGACGGCGUACAAGGAAUGGCUUCCUUCCGAGUUGCAUUCUGAAGUUGAGCUCCUGUGGCCGCCAUUGCCGAAAGAACCUGACUCGGAUUGUGAGGAGACUAUGACUUCAUGA